AUGAUAAUGGCUAUGCUGAAUCGACUGCCCUUCCUUCUAAACCGUCUAAUUCUAAACGGCAGAAGCAUAGUUGUACUCCGGAAGAAAUAGAAGAAAUCAUUAACGAUACUUACUUUUUGAAACUUGAUGAAAAAAGACCCUUUUUUACAAGAAAGCGCGUCGUAUUCACUGCUGGUAUCAUACUUGGUAUCUUUAUUACUUCAGUGCUAGCUCCAGGGGCGCCCGAUUUUUUAUCUGAGUCCUUUUCGGACUUGGAUUUUACUAGCAUUUUACCUGCUCAUAUUCUAGUGGAAGAAUUAUUUGGCAAUAUAACUCUUUUUUUAAAGCCGAAUAUAAGUAUAUUAGAAGAUACUGAAUUUCUGCCUGGAUUAAGUUUGUCUCAAGAAGGUGUAAAAGCUAAUUUUCCUGUAGUUUUAAUUCCUGGAAUUGUUUCAACCGGUUUAGAAAGUUGGAGCACUUCUAAUUGUUCACGACCAUAUUUUAGAAAGAGAAUGUGGGGGACUACCA